AUGGUGCGGGGGAAGAAAUGUGAGUCAAUAGUGAAUAGAGCAAAUGAAGGGUAUGGGAUGGGACUGGUGAGGAGUACAUCAUUUGGGAGGAAAAGGGUUGCUUUGUCGAAUAUUAGUUUGGAGUUUGAUGGUCAUAAUGAUUGUAUUCUCACCACACCCACAAAGAGACAGUGCUAUGAAGAUUCAUUUCUCUGUUCAGACAAGUCUAUUCUUGAAGCCCUGCCUCAGGAUGUUCUGAUUAGGAUAUUGUGUGGUGUCGAGCAUGAUGAUUUGAAGAGGCUGGUUUUUGUAUCGAAAUCAAUAAGAGAUGCGACUCUGAUAACAAAGCAGUGGCAUUUUGCAUUUAGCACUCCAAGGAAGUCUGUUGGGUUCCAGAAUGUGGAGGAUUUGGGUGAGUUCAAUGACGUUGAAGCUCCUAAUGCUCCAAAGCAGUCGAGGGUUCCAAGGUCUCGAUUGAGUGCAAAGAAGCUGGCCGACAUCUCAGUGGCCAUGUUCGCUUCGGGUAGCAAAGACAAUUGGCCACGAAAAGAUUUAUUAAUGGCAAUGGAAACAGAGAUAUGA